CUGCUAAAAGCCGGCCCGCGGCGUCGCGCAGCGCACAGAGCCCUCUGCCGCCGGCGUAGAGAAGCCGCUGAGAGCGGCUGUGGCCCCGAGCAUCCCGCGUGCUCCCCUGGACAGACGCCUCCCGGGGAGACCCCGUGGCCUGGUUGAGAGCUCCCUUACCUGCAAAUCCCGCGGAAUCCAGGGGCGGCGCGGGCAGCUGCACCGAGCUCAGGCGAGGCGGCGGCGGCGAUGGCCAUGGCCGGGGCGCUGGCAGGUCUGGUUGCGGGCUUGCAGGGCCCGCGGCUCGUCCCCAGCCCGGAUUCAGACUCGGACACAGACUCAGAGGACCCGAGUACCCGGCGCAGCGCGGGCGGCCUGCUUCGCUCGCAGGUCAUCCACAGCGGUCACUUCAUGGUGUCGUCCCCGCACAGCGACUCCCUGACUCGGCGGCGCGACCAGGAGGGGCCCUUGGGGCUCGCUGACUUCGGGCCGCGCAGCAUCGACCCCACACUCACCCGCCUCUUCGAGUGCAUGAGCCUGGCCUACAGCGGCAAGCUGGUUUCUCCCAAGUGGAAGAAUUUCAAAGGCCUCAAGCUGCUGUGCCGGGACAAGAUCCGCCUCAACAACGCCAUCUGGAGGGCCUGGUAUAUCCAGUAUGUGGAGCGGAGGAAGAGCCCCGUGUGUGGCUUCGUGACCCCCCUGCAGGGGCCUGAGGCUGAUGAGCAUCGGAAACCCGAGGCCGUCAUCUUGGAGGGGAAUUACUGGAAGCGGCGCAUCGAGGUGGUGAUGCGAGAAUACCACAAGUGGCGCAUCUACUACAAGAAGCGGCUCCGCAAGUCCAGCCGGGAAGGGGAUCUCCUGGCCCCAAAGCAGGCGGAAGGGGGGUGGCAGCCACCGGAGCGAUGGUGCGAGCAGCUCUUCACCAGCGUGGUGCCUGUGCUGCUGGGGGGCCCAGAGGAGGAGCCCGGUGGGCGGCAGCUUCUGGAUCUCGAUUGCUUUCUGUCCGACAUCUCCGACACACUCUUCACCACGACUCAGCCUAGCCCCACACCCCUGCAGCUGCCCCCCGAGGACGCCUAUGUCGGCAAUGCUGACAUGAUCCAGCCUGACCUGACGCCCUUGCAGCCCAGCCUGGAUGACUUCAUGGAGAUCUCAGAUUUCUUCACCAACUACCGCCCCCCACAGACGCCUACACCUUCAAACUUCUCUGAGCCCCCCAGCUUCGGCCCCAUGGCUGACCCCGUCCUUAGCAGUGGGGUCCUGGGCUCCGAGUUGCCCCCCGCCUCUCUGGGCAUGACCCAGCUCUCAGGGCAUAACCGCCUGCAGGCUCGGAGCAGCUGCCCUGGCCCCCUGGACUCCAGUGCCUUCCUGAGCUCUGAUUUCCUCCUUCCUGAAGACCCCAAGCCCAAGCUCCCACCUCAAGCCCAAGCUCCCGCAGCCCCACCCCUCAUCCAAUACCCCAGCCCUACUAAGGGACUUGGCCUAGAGCCCUGCCCCCCACCCCCCUUCCCUCCCAUGGUGCCCCCGCCUGCUAUGCUCCAGGAAGAACCUCUCUUCUCUCCCAGAUUCUCUUUCCCGACUAUCCCUCCUGCCCUGGGAGUGUCCCCACUGUCUACGCCCACAGCCUUCCCGGCCACUGCACAGCCGGGCCCAGGCCCUACCCCUGCCCCCUUCCCCAUAGACCUUCAACGCCUGGGGUAUUCGGAGCCCCCCUUUGGGCCUCACUUCAUGGUGCCCCAAAGUGCACGGCCCAGAGGCAAGCCCCCCACCCUGUCCCCUAGGGGGCGGAAGCCCAGUGCCCCCACCUUGGCCCCUGCCACUGCCAGCCCCACUGCCACUGCCGGGGGCAACAACCCCUGCCUCACACAGCUGCUCACAGCAGCCAAGCCUGAGCAAGCGCUGGAACCGCCACUUGCGUCUGGCCCCCUCCUUCGGUCCCCAGGGUCCCCGCAGGAGACAGUCCCUGACUUCCCUUGCACCUUCUUCCCCCCAACCCCGGCCUCCACACCACCCCGGCCACCUCCAGGCCCGGCCACCCUGGCCCCUCCCAGGCCCCUGAUUGUCCCCAAAGUGGAGCGGCUCUCACCCCCAGCACCCAGUGGUAAAGGGGGUUUGCCGGGAUCGGGGAGCUCUAUGGGAUGGAGGGAGGGAAAGGAAGAAGGGGGGACCAGGACCAGGGCCAGGAUGAGAGGGACAGGGCAAUGGGACCCUGUCCCCGGUGUCGGUCUGUCUGUGGGUCUGUCUGUCCCUGGCACAGGUGGUGAGCGGCGGCUGUCUGGGGAGCUCAACUCGGCGCCGGGCCCAGGGACUCUGAGCAUCCACAUCUCUCCCUCUCAACCCAUCCCAGGCCGGGGGGGCCGGCCAGACAAGACCGAAAACCGGCGCAUCACACACAUCUCGGCCGAGCAGAAGCGGCGCUUCAACAUCAAACUGGGGUUUGACACGCUGCACGGGCUGGUGAGCACCCUCAGCACCCAGCCCAACCUCAAGAUGAGCAAGGCCACCACGCUGCAGAAGACGGCCGAGUACAUCACCAUGCUGCAGCAGGAGCGCGCGGCCAAGCAGGAGGAGGCCCAGCAGCUCCGGGACCAGAUCGAGGAACUCAACGCUGCCAUCAACCUGUGCCAGCAGCAGCUGCCUGCUACCGGGGUGCCCAUCACACACCAGCGGUUCAACCAAAUGCGAGACAUGUUCGAUGACUAUGUCCGGACCCGCACGCUGCAUAACUGGAAGUUCUGGGUGUUCAGCAUCCUCAUCCGGCCUCUGUUCGAGUCCUUCAAUGGGAUGGUGUCCACGGCAAGCCUGCAGAGCCUCCGCCAGACCUCACUGGCCUGGCUGGACCAGUAUUGCUCCCUGCCUGCUCUCCGGCCAACUGUUCUGAACUCCCUACGCCAGCUGAGUACAUCCACCAGUAUCCUGACGGACCCGGACUGUAUACCCGAGCAAGCCACACGGGCAGUCACAGAGGGCACCCUUGGCAAACCUUUAUAGUGCUGGCCAGACCCUGCUGCUCACUCAGCUGCCCAGGGCCACCUCCUGCCCCAGGCCCUGGCUGUCAAGGAGGGUUUUUUCUGACCUCCCAGAAGCCAGGAAGAACGGAGUUCCAGCCCCUGCUCCACAGGCAACCAGCACUGUGCCCCGGGGGGUGGGGGAGGCUCAUCCUUCCUCUCUGGACCUCCGUUUUCCAGGCUGCAAUAUGGGGAAGGGCAGGCUUCCACUAGAAGAUGAUCCCAAGGCCUUAGCAGCUGUGGUGCUUGGGGACCUAAACCGUCGACUCAGGGAGUUUGAAGGAGAAAAGAGGACGCUCCCCUUCCCCGUCACUCCCACCUGCUCCCCCACAGGUGGGGGACAGGCCCCUGCUUCUGGGCAGGGAAGCCAGAAAGGAGGUUCCUUCUCUCUGCUCCUCCACUGGUAGCCUGGAGGGGCUGUGGGCAGGUGUCCCUGGGUGAGGCCAGGAGAGAGCAGGGCAGGGGGAGGCCAACCCAGGGCAGGCAUCUGGGGCGGGGGGGUGUAUGUGUGUGGACACGUGUGUGCGGAUUUUGUAAAGCAUUCUUGACCAAUAAAAACAAAAACAGUCGGGGA